AUGUCGGGGUUGUCUCUAUCGCAGGCGGAGCUGCUGAAAGUGGGGCCGAUAGCGAGCCACCACUCGUUGCGUCUGCUCCCCGUUAGCAAGAAGAAGAAAAAGCAAAAAUUCGUCAUCGGAGACGAGUAUGGCGUCGUCUCGAGCUACCAGAUGAAGAAGGGUGAGCCGCAGAACGUGUACAAGUCCGUGACGCUAGGAGGGCCCGUGGCCUGUGUGACCAUGGGUACCAGCAAGGGCACCGAGGACAAGGCGUUCAUUGCCACUGGGCAGCACGUGCACGGCUUGAGCAAGAAGGGCAAGGAGUUUUUCAAGUUCCAGAGCAACCUGGCGGAGCCGAUGCGCAAGAUCCACGCCUACGACAGUCAGCUCUGGACGACCACGGACUUCACCUUCAACCAGUACGACAAUGGCUCCGACAAGCACUCGUACGUUAGCCCCGAUCGCAUCAAUGAUGCCCUUGUGGUGCCUAUCAACCACGAGCAGGACUUCUACGGAGUGCUUGGGUGUCAAGACCGCUACAUCCGCGUUGCAAAAGAUUCCAAGUCGGUGUCCAAGAAAGCGGUGGCGGCACCUGUUACUGCACUUUGUCGGGUCCCUCCAGUGACGAGCAAAGGCGCCGCCCCAUCGGGUCCUGCGCAGAUCCUGUAUGGCACAGCCGCCGGAGGCCUUGGUCUCGUCACUUACAACGGGGACAAGCUCAAGAACAAGUGGAAAACAUCGUCGGAGACGUCUUUGUCCUCGAGUAUGAGCAACAACGAGUCUGGGGGCACUGGAGAUUCCGGUUUGCCUCCGUCUACGGCCACGAUCAACUCCAUCGCGUGCUUCGAUAUCAAUCGGGACGAUCACCCAGAGAUCCUUGUGGGUCGCGAUGAUGGUCGUGUGGAGGUGUACUCGUUCAAUGCAAACUCGGGGGAUGUUGUGAAGCUCUUCGAGCACGCAAACAGCGAUAGUAUUCGUUGUGUUCAGGGUGGAAUCGUGGCCACGCCAGGGUUUGAAGAGCUGGUGGCCACCACGUUCUCAGGCCGGGUCCUCAGUUUCACCACCGAACCGCUGGAUCAGCCCGAUGACGACGACAGCUACGGUCGAUCACGCGGAACUGUGCAGCGCGAGACUCGCAUCGUCAAGCUGCGCAAGGAGGUGGCCGCCCUCGAGGACAAGAUUGCGCGCUUGAGCUUACAACGGGGAGCCAAGGAAAAGGAGUACUUACCCGUGGCCGAAGACCUGGUGGUGAACAGCAAGUUCCAGCUGAUUGCAGCGCUGGGCGCUUACGAUGUGUCACUUGAGAUUCCAGUGAGCAUCCAGAUGAUCGUGUUGCACUCAGCCGUCCCGUUGGAUCUACUCGAGAAUGAGAGCAACCUCGCUAUCGUGAGCAAGUCCCCGUGUGACCCUGCAAAUGGCACACACUUCUUGGCCACGUACCGCUGCCUGGAGCCUACCCAUCGACUGGAAUUCCAAGUGCGCACUAUUGAAGGCCAGUUUGGCAACGUUGAGGCUACAGUAGUGGCGAACACUCAGCCGCGUUCAGCGCAGACUAUCAAGUUUUACGUGAAGCCGUUGUCCCUGCACCACCGCGUCAACGAACUCACGGAGGGUGAAGAGGCGGAACUGCAGAAGGCGACCAACACCCUGCAGCUCAGUGGCGACUUCUCGCUCGUCCAGAUACAUGAUUGGGUGUCGAUGUGCCUGCCUGAGGUUCCUGGUCGUCUGCAGAGCGAGGAAGUCACGCUGCGCUAUCGUAACACAUUCCUCGGCAGUCUACUGGUAUGCCGCUAUAGUAAGGGGGAGGCCAGCUUUUCGACACCUUCCGUGUCGGUGAUUGCCAUUCUGAAGGAAAUCAUCACCAAGGAAGCUACCGCGCGCAAGGCCACGCUCAACAUUUCGCUGGACAUCAAGAAGGAGAGCGUGCCAGUUAUGUUGGGCUACCUACGCCCUCUGUUGGACGCCAAGCACGCAUUGGCUUCGCAGGUCAAGCUCAUUGAUGGCCUCAAGGAGCUGCAGCUACACGAGGAAGACUACGCCGCCUGGAUGGCGCCUGAGUAUCAGCACAUCCUCGAGAACUCGGAGAAGAUCCUGGCGGAAUUCAAGCUCAGCCCCAAGGCCCUUAACUAUCUCGCUGGCAUUCUCACCGACCUGUACGUGGAUCUUUGCAAGUUCCGCGGCACCAGUCCAAAGCAGAACCUACCGCGGCUUUAUCAGUUGAUUGAGCACUACCACUUCGACACACUUGUCGAGUUCUACAUGAGGGAGUGAGCGUGGAUAGCAGGAAUGAAAAGUGGAGCAGAAUUGUCGAUGCAGCUCAGCAAAUAAAACUUCAACUUUCAUUUGAC